AUGCCGGCGGCGCGCGUGGAGUACAUCGCGCCCUGGUGGGUCGUGUGGCUGCACAGCGUCCCGCACCUCGGCCUGCGCCUGCAGCCUGUGGACAGCACUUUCCGCCCCCGCGACGAGAGUUACCAAGAGUCACUGCUGUUCCUGGGGCUCGUGGCUGCCAUCUGCCUGGGCCUGAACCUCGUCCUCCUUGCGGCUUACCUGGCAUGCGCGUGCUGCUGCAGGCCGGGAGGUGCGGCGCAGACUAAGCAGCACGGCUCCUGCUGCAUCACCUGGACGGCCGUGGUGGCCGGCCUCGUCUGCUGUGCUGCAGUGGGCGUUGGUUUUUAUGGAAACAGCGAGACCAACGAUGGGGUCUACCAGCUGAUCUACUCUCUGGACAAUGCGAACCACACCUUCUCUGGGAUCGAUGCACUGGUUUCUGGAACCACCCAGAAGAUGAAAGUGGACCUAGAGCAGCACCUUGCCCGGCUCAGCGAGAUCUUUGCUGCCCGGGGCGAUUAUAUUCAGACCCUGAAGUUUGUGCAGCAAAUGGCGGGCAACAUCCUUGUCCAGCUCUCAGGACUACCCACGUGGAGGGAGGUCACCACGGAGCUGACCGAGCUGUCCAACCAGACUGGCUACGUGGAGUACUACAGGUGGCUCUCUUACCUCCUGCUUUUCAUCCUGGACCUGGUCAUCUGUCUCGCCGCCUGCCUGGGACUGGCCAAGCGCUCCAAGUGUCUCCUGGCCUCGAUGCUGUGCUGUGGGCUGCUGACCCUGCUCCUCAGCUGGGCUUCCCUGGCUGCCAACACAGCUGCGGCAGUGGGCACCAGUGACUUCUGCAUGGCUCCCGACACCUUCAUCCUGAAUAUCACACAGGGCCAGAUCAGCACAGAGGUGACCCGCUACUACCUGUAUUGCAGUCAGAGUGUAAGCAGCCCCUUCCAGCAGGCGCUGACCACCUUCCAGCGCUCACUGACCACCAUGCAGAUCCAGGUCGCCGGGUUGCUGCAGUUUGCCGUGGCCCUCUUCCCUACAGCAGAGAAAGAUCUGAUUAGAAUCCAGCUCCUGUUGAACUCCUCCGAAUCCAACCUUCACCAGCUGACGGCCAUGCUGGAUUGCCGAGGGCUGCACAAGGACUACCUGGACGCCCUUGCUGGCAUCUGCUACGACGGCCUCGAGGGUUUGCUCUACCUCGGCCUCUUCUCCCUCCUGGCCGCGCUGGCCUUCUCCACCUUGAUCUGCAUGGGGCUGCGGGCCGGGAAGCAUUUCACCGCCAGGGACAGAGACUAUGACGACAUUGACGAUGAUGACCCCUUUAACCCCCAAGCCCGACGCAUUGCGGCACACAACCCCCCGAGGGGGCAGCUUCAUAGCUUCUGCAGCUACAGCAGUGGCCUGGGCAGUCAGACCAGUCUGCAGCCCCCCGCCCAGACCAUCUCCAACGCCCCCGUCUCCGAGUACAUGAACCAAGCCAUGCUCUUUGGUGGGAACCCGCGCUACGAGAACGUGCCACUCAUCGGAAGAGGCUCCCCUCCGCCCACGUACUCUCCCAGCAUGCGGGCCACCUACCUGACCGUGGCGGAUGAGCACCUGAGGCAGUAUGGGAGUGAGUUUCCAGCCUAACAGACUUUCAGGGGUUCUUACCUCCUUGUUCCAUUUUGGUUUUUAAUUAAUGCAAAUACGAGCUGCAUUCUUUAGUAGAAACCAAAGGCAUCUGGGACACUGGCAGGCUCUUGCUGCUGCAGAGGAAGAGUGGCUGAGACUCCCAACCAAAGCCCCAGGUGGACAGAAGACCCCCAGUCUGGGCCAGCCUCUGCCCCUUUCUGCCCUGCUCUCUACACCAGAAAUGCCCCCGGGAGCCAUCCUCAAACUGGAUGCCUGGUUCGGCUCACCCCUACACCGUCCUAUAGGUUCUCUCGGGUCCCACUACCAGGACUGUGCCUCUUGUUAACAUGGCCAAAAGCCUGGGUGACCACUCUCUGAGUCACCUCUCCCCUCCAAUUCCCUGCAGGUAAUAGUAGCAAGGGCUGAUCAGGAGAUGCUUUUAAGGAGGUGAUGUCCCUGAUGAGACCUGAACAGUCCAAAUCAGCGUUCCCAGGCCCAGACAGAGGGGAGGUGUUCAGAGAGCUCCACAGCAGGAGGCUGAUGGCACCAGGGCUGGGGGACCAAAGCCUGGUGCCCCGAGGUGGGAAUGUGGGUGAGAGCUGCCACCUCCAUUCCAGCACCAGUGCUGCAAGUUUGUCAGCUGCAGCUAGGGACGGUCUCAGGUAUGAACAGAUGCUUGGAAAGCGACUUUAACUCUUUUUCUAGUUGUACACAUUUCGAUUAUCCAAAGAAUUGAAACUCAUAGCACAUCCAGUUUUUACAGUAGAUUUGGGGCUCUUUCCGUACCCCUGGUUUUUAUACCACUACACUGUUCCUCAGAUUUCACUGGCACUGGCCAGUUCUUUAUGGAUCUGGAGGAGAGGGGGAGGAACGGAUUUUUUAAAUAAAAUAAAGAUCAGUGAGCCACCCUGUCCCCAGCUGCUGCUUGAUGGGGAUCUGGAUUCAUCCCACUGAGGGAGGGAGGUAAGAACAGAAGC